AUGGAAAAUGGCCGCGAGGCAAAGCCGAGGGCAAACAGCAAGAACCCGCCCAAGCCAGUGGAUGCCCGCAGCCGGGCCGACAGCAAGAACUCCGCACGCGGCACACGCUCCGAGCGUCCCCAAGACAAAGAGUCCAAAGAUGGCAAGGAGUCCAAAGACGGCGCAGACGGUUGGGUAGGUGUCGUAGGUGUGCCGCAUGCCCCAUGGGUGGACUUAGAUGAGAGCAGGACGUCCCCGGGCGACGGAUCUUGCGGGCAGCUUCUGGCAGCGUACGUUCCAAGCAGCGUGGGCGCUGCCAUCGCGUUCCGGCUGGUGUACAAGCAGCCGGAUUGGGUGAAGUGGGGUCUGGCGGUUCGGAAGGAGCCGGGCACAUGGCUUGGGCAGGCGACGAUGCCGGUUCUCCUCGGCUUAGAGCCCGCAACGCUCAGGUGCUUCAACCGUGCAAACGGCUGUGUUGUGCUUGAGUGGCAAGUGCCAGAGCAAAGUCACGUGAGUCACGUGCUGUGCAGGGGCCUAGGCCUCGUGUGGCAGUACCGGUGGCGGCUUGGUGAUGGUGAGGAAUGGGUUUUGGGACCCCAGCUGGAAGCCACAGCAACAGCAUCAAGCCAGUCGGGGAGCUCUGGGACUUAUGUAUCUGCUCCGCUACGGGGGCCUUGGACCCCUCUAUCGGCUGGCCGUGUGGAGAUGUCGUUGAGGUAUUCGACUUUGGGCGAGGGCCUGGCUGAUGCGGCCUGGAGUGGCUGGAGUCAGAGCGCUGGUCCUGUGUUGCUGGGCUUGCCUGCACCCCUUGCCAGCGAGCUGCAGAUUGAGUUUGACGACUGCAACCCAUGUGUAGCCACACUUCGCUGGAGGGCUUUCGAGAUCUUGGGAUGUCGCAGUCGCGAAUUGGAGUACCGCAUCCUCCUGAAAAGCCUGGCCGAGCCAUCUUGGAAGGAUGGAGGAUGGCAAGUUUGGGGUCAUCUGCAGGCCGAGGGCGAAACUGACGAGCAGGUGUUCCUUCUAAGUGGAUUGCAGCCACUCUUCGAGUAUGAAGUGCGGGUGGAGGGCCGCCACUCUGCGGGUGACGGAGCUGAUGGCAGCUGGUCCCGUCUCCAACUCUCCUUCUGCCUUCCGCAGAGCCGGAGGGACUCUCAACAUCUGGGACAGCUGCUUGCCCCGCAGUUCUUGAACAACGAGGCGGUCGAGGACACGAACCAGGUCCGGACAUGGUUGAAGCCCCCUGCCGUUGAAGCGGAGUUGCGGGUGGCAUCAGCGCUCAGGAGUCGGCACCUGGAGUGGCAGCUACUACGCACCGAGCAGGAGCAGGGAUUGUUGGCAGUGACGACCAGCAGAUUGGGACCCGGCCGCAGCUACCUCCGCUGGGCGGAGCAUGAGCCGGGUGAGAUGGUUCCGCUGUGGGCACCUGCCGAGGCUCCGACCUUUGCGGCCGACGUCUUCUUCCGCCAUGGCGCUCCAGCACUGCAGCUGCGCUUUCGAGCAGGCUGCCGCGAGGCAGUCUCGCAUUUUCAGGUCUACUGCAAGGCAGAGACUGGUGAGCAGAUCACACUGCCGGCACGUGCAGUGGACCAUCCCGUCAUCCGCAGGGACGAGGAGGUGAAAGUCAUGCUGGGGCCGGCCAUCCUCUCUCCAGGCCGCUACCGCCUCCACCUCCGCACUGCCAGCAACUCUUCGCUGGCCCCAACCUCGCUGUGGUCCCUCUGGAGUGAGGCUGUCCAAGUCCUUUUGGAGAGGCAGCCGCCGCGGCCGAGGGUGAACGACGAGCUGCGUGCCCGCGCUGACGGUGCACAUCCGGGUCAUCCGGGUGCCCAGAAGUUUGGGGAUAUGGCCGCGGCGGUUUUCAACUGCUGUGUGCAGCUGUCCUGGGAUAGUUUCACGUCACAGAGUCUGAUCGCAGGCUACCAGCUGACAGCAUCCUUGGAGUCGUCCUUGAAGGAUGUGGAUGACGAGGUUUUUGUGCCGAGCCCAAGCGCGGCCCUGGCCCUGCGCUGCGCAGCGCCCCUGCGGCGCCUGGCGCCUGAGGCGGAGUACCGCUUCGCUGUCAGGGCAGCACAUGCCAAAGACAAGGGAGCCAGGCUUGACACUCUUUUUCGUACAGGACCCUGCAGAAGUGCUUGCUUAGCGCCGCUGAUGGCACCCCACGUGAGGAAAGAUUCAACUCAGAGUGCUUCGCUCCAGACGCUUCCACUGGCGCUGGACCCGCGGGCCAUUCGGCCUCAGGAGCUGUUGUGGGCGCUGCAGUGGCGCAUGCUGGACAGGGUCUUGGAGGCGGAUUGGCGGCCAGCCUCGGUUCAAUUCCAGGACGAAGCCAGGCCUGCCGCCACUGCACAGGCGCUUUGGAAUCUGGAAGUGGACAGGGAAGCGAAGGACCAGCAAGUUGAGUUGCGCCUCUCACUGCAGGACGACCUUGCCAAAGCUGUGCUGCCCCAGAGCCUUUGGUUCUCGCACGUGUCGGAGCCCAUCACAACAGGCUUCGUGCCGCCGCUGCCGCCAACUUUAACUCUGGCAUGGGACCGCCUGCUUAGCCAGCUUAUGGUGAAGGUCGAGUUCGCACCAUCGAGAGCUACGAGUCUGGCUUGGAAGCAUGCGAGCAGGUGUCAAGUCAAGUUCCGCGAUCAGGAGUCCCAAGAAGUUUGUGUCAUGCUGGCGUUGACAGAUAAUUUGAUCUCCAUCCCAAUCUCGAACUUACCCGCGCAUGGCUGCGAAGUUUCAGCUGCAAUUCGCGUGGGUGAUGCCAGCCUCUGGUCGCCCUGGAGCGAGUUUGGUGAAAGAUGCCAGCUGCUGCAGCCGGCAGUCUGCUCGCCAAACGGUCACAUUACUGUCGCCGGGCCUGUAAAUCAUAAAGUGGCCCUGGAUUGGAGUCGGUUGUGCUGUGAUUUGGGCACAAUACCAGUCGAGUGCGUUGUGACCUUACUUCAGAUCCAUUCCGAGAGCAAGGACGAGGUGCUGUUAGCAAGGUGCACCUGCACUGCUUGCUCUAAGCAGCACAAUGAAGACAUCCACAGUGACCAAAGUGACCGAGAUCACGUGGAGGUGGCUGCACAUGGCUUCAAGCCAGGCGAAAGGUACCAGAUCCUGCUAUACGCCGCGGCCGCGCUGCCGCGGCUACACCCCCGCAAGGGCCCAUGCUCUGCACCAGUUGCGCGGUCCGAACCCUUCCAGUGGCCAGACAUCUCAGAGGAAUGGUCCUGCCUUGUAGAUUGGGCGCUUCCCAUGCCGCAGCAAGUGCUCCUCCCGGAUGGAGACCUUGAGGAGACGAGCCCGCGAUGGAAGAGAGCCGUGCUUUUGUCCUGGCCAUGUGAAGACGAGCGCUGUGAAGAGCUGGUCCUGGAAGUCCGAGAAGAGAACCACCUGGUCCAUCAGGUACUUGGCUGGAAGAAAGCCACAUGGGUCCGUGUUCGGUUCAGCGAGACAAACUACGUCGCAGUUUUCGACUUGCCUUGUGACCUCGUCCGCUUCCGCUGGAAGGGAGGAUCAAUCGGAUCAAUCGGCCCAAGCAGCGAUGUCUGCAUCGCCCAUGUGCCCUCGCCAAGCCUUUCUGCAGAGGCCAUCUGCACUGGGCAUCUGCAGGUGCAGCUUACCGCGGACACGCCGGUGCCUUGGGCAACCGCUGUUCGUGUACGGUUUCGUGCCUGUAGCACCAGCGGAAGCGGUCGGCCCACGAACUGGGCACAGCUGCCUGCGCAGCCGCUGGAAAGUGGCCGGUCCAAGCUCAUGGUGUAUCUUUCUGAAAUGCAUGGCCUCCACCCAGGGAAGACCUACAUCUUUUCGGCCCAGCUGCUUGCACGAGCACGGCGGUCUCAAUGGUCAGCCGACACGGUCCCAGUUAGCUUUAAGCUGCCACCAGUCCUGAUGACGAGCGGCUCAGCUGGCCUCGCGGUGCAUGCCAAAGGCAUCACGUCAGCCACAUUUUCUUGGCAACAGCUCACCCCGAGCCUCGGCAAGGUUGGAACGGAGUUUCGGCUGGAUGUGUUCAGACAACUUCCAGACGGGCCCCGGCAUCAGACCACAUUGCUGGUGGAGGGUGAUGCGAAGCCAGCGUCCGAGGCAACUGUUUACAACCUCCAGCCGUCCACGGAGUAUGUCGCGGAGCUCUCCGUGCGCAUCGCGCGCUUGGGCAUGCGCAGGUGGCAAAGCACUGGCCUCUCCACGUGCUUCAUCACCCCAAAGAAGACCUGA